AUGGAGAAAGGGAAAAGGGAUGUGUACUCUCCAGACACAGUUCUUGAGGACUAUUUAACGAGAUUAGAAUCAGAAACAGACUCUUCAAAAGAGAACACUUCAGAAUUUGAAGCUUGCAGAGACCCAAAAUCUACUUCGGGAUGGGCUCGAUUUUUCAGAUUUUGGCGAAGUAGAUCAAAAAACUCUGUAGCCACCUUGCGCCCUCUUACUAUUAUGAAACUAUCUAGAAGAUUUAGCCGUAGUAUGAGAGAGGAAAUUGCAGUGGUGGUGCCAAAUCCAAUUGUAGAUGAAACUCACUUGACCUAUUUCAAGCCUCAUUGUAAAAUUUUCAGUCUCUUAGAACUCCAAAAAGCAACCAACAGUUUUAACCAUGAAAACUUGAUUGGAAAGGGUGGCUAUGCUGAAGUUUACAAAGGGUGUUUGAGAGAUGGGGGGCUUGUUGCGAUUAAACGUCUGACACGAGGAACACCCGAAGAGAAGAUAGGGGACUUCUUAUCCGAGCUUGGUAUUAUGGCCCAUGUUAACCAUCCAAAUACUGCUAAAUUACUCGGGUAUGGGGUCGAAGGAGGAAUGCACCUUGUUCUUGAGUUGUCUCCCCAUGGCAGUUUGGCUUCUCUGCUUCAUGGUUCGAAGAGGAUGAUCGAAUGGGAUGUUACGUAUAAAGUUGCACUAGGAACAGCUAAAGGUCUUUUGUAUCUUCAUGAGGGUUGUCAAAGGAGGAUCAUCCACAGAGAUAUCAAGGCUGCAAAUAUAUUGCUUACAGAGGACUUUGAGCCUCAGUUUUCCUCUGUGGAUAUACGAGAGUAUGAAAGAUCAGAUAGACGGAAGAAAGAAGAUAAGCAAGAAGAACAGUCACACCGGUGUUUGAUGGAAGUUAAGCAUAAGCAAUAUUCUUUAGUUCCUUAG